CGGCAUAAGUGUUAUGCUGGGGUUCGCGGCUCCGCCGGCGGACAUCGUGUUUCCGGUGCGCGUCGAGCCGCGCGCAUACUUUGCGAACGAGCGUACGCUCCUCAACUGGUUCGAUCUAGCGGCAACGCUUACCAUUGUCGGGGCUGCGCUCCAGAGCGGCCGCAAUUCGUUCACCGUCCAAUCUGUGGGCCUCGCGCUCAGCUGCCCGGCGGCUGCCUUUGUGCUCUACGCGUUGCGCAUGUACGCGCUGCGCUUCAACUCGCUAGAGUACAAGCGACCUCAGAACUUUGAGGAUCAGGGAGGCACGCUCCUUCUGGCGCUCCUCCUGACAGUCAUGAUCGUCACUCAGAGCUCUGUGGCCAUCCUCGCAGCAAAGGGCAGCGAAGGUGGCAGCAUGCGCGCCUUUGCCGCCUGGCCCAUUGUUGCAUGACGUGAGGCGGGCGGCCAGGACCGCGCGUACAGCGCCAAGCGUGGGGUUCAGAGUGUUCGCGUCCGUCGUGCGCGGUCACCCCUCACGUGAGCCGCGUCUCGUUUCGUCGUCGUCGGGCACCACGGCGACACCAGGACGGCUCUCCAAAAUGACCGUCGGUCAGCUCCGCUCUGCGUCUGCCGCUCGACGCCGUAUGUGCGGGGCUAGGUGUGGGCGGGCGAACCGGGGAUUUCCCCUCGUAGCUACCGCCGGCGGUGAGCCGGCGGUAGUGGGGGAAAUGGUGAUUUUUGAAUGAACGCCUCGCGCAAAACCACCGCUACCAUGCCAAAGAAGACCCUUGUGGGCUAUCCAGAACACCUAAGAUCAUGCCCUAGCUCUAAAGUGGGCCACACAUGGCCGGCUACCUGCUACCUCCAAGCGGGUCGCACGGAGACACGGGAAGCCAAGGCUGCCGCAAGCCGCCUCCGGGUGCAGGGGCCCGGCGCGGUGGGCGGGGGCAACGACCCGGUAGCUGGCCGCGCCUCCCCCCCCCCCGCCCGUCGCCGCUGCACCCCUUGCCGCGGCCCUCGUCGCUGCUGCAGCGACGACAGCCGCGGCACGAGGUCAGACGCGCGGCCUCGGAGAGCUCGAGCUAAAGGCGCCGACGGUGGCAGCCGUGGUAGUGGUUGAUGGUAGAAGGCUCCUGAGCCGUCGGGCACCACGCUCGACGUCGCCGAGCAGCCGCGCCUGUCGCGAGCGCCUGCGCGUCGGGCGCUGCCGGCUCGACCUCCAUUUCCGGCGAGGUGUCGGGCGCGGCGGGCGGCUCCGGCGCCUCGGUGGCGACCGUGGGCUCG